AACCCAAUCCCGAUUCCCCCGUGUCGAUAUCCCCGCACCAAAUUCCCCGCGUUAUCUUCCCCGACCUCAUUUCCCCCGGGUUCCAAAAACCCCGUGCCCCCCACCCCUUAUCAGUUCCCCCCGUCCUCUGCCCCCAAUUCUCGUUACGGGACGAAAGAAAAAGUGCAUACCGAAGGUCAACAAGAACAAAGAAACCUCGAACGCGACCAGGUGAGUUCUAUUUAAGGAACUUUAAACAUUGGAUGCUUCCCAGACGAGGUUGAGAUGCAGGAGAUGGAGGUCGAAUUUUCAAAAACGGAAAAAGGGAAGGAGGCUUUAAUACUAGACGGAUUUAAGUAUUGCUUUCAGCGGAAGGACCAAGAUGAGAAAACUGCCUGGAGAUGUGCUAAAUACUGGACAAAUAACUGCAAAGCAGCAGUUCUCAGCAAGCACGGAAAAGUCGUCAAGACAACACAAGAGCACAACCACCCACCUGAUAGCAGCCAACUUCGGGAAGCGCGACUAAAGAAUGCAUUGAAGCAAAAGGUUAGGCCGGAGCCGCAUUUGCCAGCACCGCAAGUGUACAGCAGAGAGAUCUUGAGCCUCGUGGGUCAAGUUGACGACACGGUGAUGGCUGAGCUGCCGACUUUUGAGAGCGUGAGGAGCACCAUGUACAGGGAGAAGAGAAAGCAGCAACCGAGCCUACCAAGGGACAUGGCCGAGAUUAACCUUGGAAGACUACAUACGGAGACACUCGACAAGCGAGACUUCCUGCUGUUCGACGUCAGCAUAAGUGCAGGCCGUGUUCUUUGCUUUUGCACGCAGGAGCUGCUUUUUCAUUUUUCGGAAAUGGUUGAAGUGUUCAUCGAUGGCUCAACGUUCAAGGGUUCCUGAGGCAGGUGCAGCGAUAUUGCGGUAUCUAAGUA